CCUCGUAGGACAAGCAGAAGCCGGCAUGCAGACUCCGUCCAUAUCUCCCGUUCCAACCCGCGUCUUGUCAGCGACACCGCCGGCGACCGCUAACUGCCGCCCGUCGGCGACCUUUUCCUCCUCUACUCUGCCGCCGCCCCACCAUCCCAUCUCACUAUAUUUGAACCUCAAAUCUCUCCUCCUCCUUAUCUCAUGGAGAAGCCCACGCCGCCGCGGAGGGUGGCCAAAUCCCACCCCCUCCCCUCCCCUUCGUCCUCCCCCACCGCCUCCGACCGCCGCCGCUCAUCGAUCUACGACGCCUCCCCGAAGCGCAGGGAUUCUCCUGCCUUCGCUGUCCUCUGGCCUUCCUCCAACCGAUCCCAAUCCCAACCGUCCCUCUCCCUCGCCGACCACCUCACCCACGACCGCCUCCGCGACCUCCACCGGACCCUUCACCCCGCCGGAUCCUCUUCCCCGCGAUCCAUACUCCGCCAGAGGAGCUACUCGGAGGUCGACAAGAGGAGCAUCAAGAAGAAGCAAGACCCCAAGGGAAGCCGUUCUCCGACGAUCGUCGGCGGAUCGAUGCGUCACCUCCACCUCCCUCCCUCCCCCAAAUCCACCCGCUCCACAGCGUGCGCCGGCGCCGCCCUGACUCCCUCCUCCGCCCUCUGCUCGCGCUCGCUCAGCGCCCGGCGCGGCAAAACCAGCGACCUCGGCCUCCACCUCCUCAGCUCCGACUCAAGUCCGACGGCAGCCCCGUCGAAUUCCCUGUCGCAAGGGAGGCGCUCCGGGAGUGCCUCGCCUGAGCCGAGAGCCGCCAAAGGAAAGAGCAACGGCUCUUUUAUCAGUCUGGGACUGGAUUUGUUCCGGCGCAAGUGGAAAUUAGAGAACACCACUCCUUCCUCUCCUCCUCCUUCUUCUUCUCCGACUAGUUCUGGAUUGAAGAAGAACAGAGCAAAGGAUGAAGCUUGGCACCAACUCAAGCUGACGAGCAACCGCCUGAUCCAGUGGCGAUGGACGAAUGCUCGAUCCGAUCGCACCUAUCUCAUCAAGACGACACGAGCUGAGGUAUGAUCUCUACACUCUGCGCUAAAAUUGAAACCAGAAUUAAUGAUCGAGAAGACGGCUGAGUCCAGGCCAAUCUAUUAACUGCAUGGCUGCUACUAUCAAAUGCGCAAGCCAGAGUCUUAAUCAAAAGGCUGCAGAUGGAGAAGAACAAGCUGCAUCUCAAGCUUACUACUUUCCUACCUCUCCAUGUGAGAGUCACAGAACCUCCAUAACAAAAAACAAAAAAACAAAGACAUUAAUUCUAUUUAAAAUGGUUUUGUAGUUGAAGGUUUUGGAAGAAUGGAACAGCAUGUCCCAGCAGCAUUCCAAUGCCCUCACAGCCACCAAAGACUGCUUGCAAGCAUCUGUCUGUAGGGUUCCCUUAACUGAUGGAGCUAAGGUCCAUCUCCAUCCUUUCUCGUUGUCUCUGCGCUACGCGACAGAAUUAGCUUUGAUGACGAGAACCACAAUGAACAGAAUCUCUCACACUGAAGCAUCAGCAGAGCUUUUGGAGCUUAAACAGAUUGUGAAGAGAGAGAGAACUCUUCUCCAAG